CACUUUCCUGACAAAUAAAUUAAAAGCAAAAAAUAAGAAGAGAGAAUAAACAAACAGCAAGAAACUAAGAACGCGAAGCAACUAUUGUUACAGAGUUUCAUAUGAUACGUAAGUGACAGCUUUACACGGUUGACGAUCAAACGGAACGAACAUGCAAACGGAACAAGAGUCGGACAUAUCGAUGAGAUUGUCGGCUUUCUUCUUAAGGCACAUUGGCCUAUGGAUAGCUAAUGAUCCCGCGGAUGAACGCCGGAUGAAAAUUAUAUUCACCUACACAGUUUGGAAUUUGAUAUUUGGUAUGAUCGUCUUGAGCAGAGAUUUGUAUUUUACUUGGUUCUACAAUGGCGAUACGCUUUAUGCUCUUGCCAAUACUAUGAGUUUGGUACUGACCUUAGUCAAGGUGUGCGUUAUAGUGAUGCACAAAAAGGAAUUUAUGAAUCUCGUCGUGUACAUGGAACAACAUUUUUUGGCUGUUAAAUACGAUUUUCACGAGAAAGAAAUUUUGAAUGAUUGCAGAAAGAUUUGCGCCCUUUUCAUCUCUAGCGUUACCUCCAUUGGAAUAUGUGCUAUACUAUCUUAUAUAACCACGCCGUUUAUUGCACAAAUUGGAAACAAUGAAUCCACAAGGGAACUUCCAUUUAAUAUGUGGAUAGGUAUUUUGUCGCAAUCUCCUUACUAUGAACUAAUAUUUUUUGCACAGAUUAUGAGUCUAUCUUAUAUAGGAAUCUGCUACUUCUGCUUCGAUAAUGUUUUCUGCGUCAUGGCCAUACACUUGGGCGGUCAAUUUCGCAUACUUCGAUAUAGAUUUUCAGAACUAUGUAACAUAAAAUAUCAGAUAAGCGAGCAAAAUAAGAUGUCGAUACUGACGAAGCAUGUACACAGAACUUACGAGACAUUUAGGAAGUACGUUCAACAACAUCAAGCACUGAUCAAUUAUUACAAUACGCUAGAAAACGUGUACACGGUGAUUAUACUUAUACAGGUGCUGGUAUUUAGCGUGUUAAUUUGCCUGUUCGGUUAUCAAGUGUUAUUGGCUAAUACUAACUCUGCAAGACGUUCUAUUUUCGUCUUUCUCCUAAUCGGCGCGUUGUCCUUAUUGUUUAUGUUCACCUAUAGCUGCGAUGAUGUAAUAGAACACAGUGAUAACGUUGCUAUAGGAGCAUAUUCAGCGCUGUGGACGAUUAUGCCAAUGAACAAACAUGGGAAGAUGCUUCGAAACGAUUUGAUAAUGACAAUAGAGCGCUCCAGGCGAGUCUGCUGUUUGACCGCAAAUGGAUUUUUUCCUGUGUCGCUGGAAACUUAUACUAAGAUUUUGAGUACCGCAAUGUCAUAUUUUACAUUGUUAAGUAACAACGUAACCAAAAAUGAAACAUAAUUAAUAACAAACGUUUCCGAUUAAUUCAGUGGGCACAAUGCGCUUAGAUUGUCUGG